UCAUCGCCGCCGCGCCGAAUUACCAUCUUGCCCCUCCCCCAAUCCUCCCCCUUCUAUAAAGCGCAGGCCUCCUCCUCCGCCUUCCUCCUCCAUUCCUCCUCCCAUCUCCGUUCACUGCGUAUUUUGCGUUCGAAGUCCGGAGAGAUCGGUCGGGCGGUCCGUUUAGUUCGAGUUAGCGUAGCGUAGAGCGAGCGAGCGAGAGAGAGAGAGAGAGAGAAUGUUGGGAGUGUUCAGCAGCUCGAUCGUGUCGCCGCCGGACGAGCUGGUGGCCGCCGGCUGCCGGACGCCGUCGCCGAAGACGACGUCGGCGGAGCUCGUGCGGCGGUUCCUCCAGUCGAACGCCUCGGGCGUGUCCGUGCAGAUCGGGGACGACGCGCAGCUGGCCUACACCCACCAGAACGAGUCCCUGCUGCAGCCCAGGUCAUUUGCGGUUAAAGAUGAAAUUUUUUGCUUGUUCGAGGGAGUACUGGACAACCUGGGCAGCCUCAGGCAACAAUACGGGCUUGCCAAGUCCGCAAACGAGGUCGUCCUCGUCAUCGAAGCGUAUAAGGCGCUUCGCGACCGAGCUCCAUACCCUCCCAACCACAUGGUCGGCCACCUAAGCGGGAAUUUCGCUUUCGUCGUCUUCGACAAGUCCACCUCCACUCUGUUCGUGGCUUCUGAUCAAUAUGGCAAGGUUCCUCUCUAUUGGGGAAUCACUGCUGAUGGGUAUGUGGCAUUCGCGAAUGAUGCGGAGCUGCUCAAAGGUUCUUGUGGCAAGUCACUUGCUUCAUUUCCUCAAGGAUGCUUCUUCUCCACCGCUGUUGGGGAAAUAAGAUGCUAUGAGAAUCCCAAGAAUAAGAUCACUGCAGUUCCUGCAAAUGAAGAGGAGAUCUGGGGAGCAACAUUCAAGGUGGAAGGGCCAGCAGUUCUUGCAGCCAGAGAAUGAGAUGAAGCUGGGUUAUCUUGUGAUGUUGAUGUUUGAAGAUAUGUACCCAUCUGAGGAAGGAGAGAGAGACAUGUUCGUGUGGCUUUUGGUGGUUCAUGGUUCAUAAGAGCCCAAUGUAGAUCCUACUGAGAGAGAGAGAGGGUGUAGGGUUGUGGAGAUGUGUGAACUAAGUGGUCAGUUGGAGGGACAACUGCUGUAAUCCUCUGUAACUUAGAUUUGAGUUUUCCUCUUAAGCUGUUGCUUAUUUGAUUUUAUCUUUUGACCAAUGUACAGGUUACGGCUCUGCUGUCCCUUUGUGUCUAAUAAAAGCUUUGGUUCAAAGUUCGUUUCUGUCA